AUGGCGAAAUUCAGCCACUUGCCUCGGGCGGCAUCAGGGCCGUUGAGAUGCCCCUACAAGGGCUCUGCGCUCCUCGCAAACGCUCAGUUCAACAAAGGUUCUGCCUUUCCCACUAAAGAGCGUGAUGCAUUUAAGCUACACGGCCUACUCCCGCCAAAUAUCCAGACCCUGGAUGAGCAGGUUCGGCGCGCAUACGAGCAAUACAGCAGUCGGCCCGACGAAUUAUCAAAAAAUACGUUCAUGGCGAGCAUGAAGACCCAGAAUGAAGUACUUUUCUACAAGCUUCUGCAAACCCAUCUCAAAGAGAUGUUCAGUGUGAUCUAUACACCGACUGAAGGUGACGCUAUUCAAAAUUACUCGCGAUUGUUUCGAAAGCCGGAGGGAUGCUUUUUGAACAUCAAGGAUCAGGAUCGAAUCGAGGAAAGUUUGGCCCAAUUCGAGAGGACGGAGGAUGUUGACUAUAUUGUGGUCAGCGAUGGAGAAGAGAUCCUGGGCAUUGGAGAUCAGGGUGUCGGUGCCAUUCUGAUCUCGGUCGCCAAGCUAGUGCUUACAACCAUCUGCGCUGGAGUUCAUCCUUCACGACAGCUUCCAGUGGUGCUGGAUUGCGGAACAGAUAACGCGGAGCUUCUGAAUGACGACUUAUACCUGGGACUCCGUCACCGCAGGGUCCGCGGGCCGGAGUACGACGACUUCGUGGAAAAAUUUGUAAAGGCUGCCCGACAGCGCUUUCCUAAGGCGCUGAUUCAUUUCGAGGAUUUUGGGCUGGAUAACGCAAAGAGAAUCCUUGACAAAUUCCAUUCACGGAUUCCCUGCUUCAACGAUGACAUUCAGGGCACCGGAUGUGUCACGCUUGCAGCCAUGAUGGCAGGAUUAUACGUAAGCAAGGUCAAAAUGGAAGAUGUCCGCGUCGUGAUCUUUGGUGCCGGCACAGCGGGAACUGGAAUCGCGGACCAAAUUGCCGACGCCAUUGCAACAGAAACUCACAAGUCUAAGACGGAUGCUUUCAACCAGAUAUGGUGCAUCGAUAAACCUGGACUGCUCGUUAAAUCGCUUGGAGAAAAGCUAACCCCAGCCCAACAGCCAUUUGCACGCGAGGACCGCGAGUGGCCUGAAGGCCAAGGGCUUGAUCUUCUGUCAGUGGUGAAGCAUGUCAAGCCCCAUGUGCUGAUUGGAACUUCCACGAAGCCGAAAGCAUUCACACAGGACGUCGUCCAAGAAAUGGCUAAGCAUGUAGAACGUCCAAUUGUGUUUCCACUGAGCAAUCCAACACGACUACAUGAGGCAAAACCCGAAGACAUCUACGAGUGGACCGAAGGUCGAGCUCUGGUCGCCACAGGCAGUCCAUUCCCUCCGGUGGAAUACCAGGGCGUCAAACACGAGAUCGGAAUUGGUCUUGGAGCUGUUUUGUCACGGUGCCGCAUAUUAUCCAAAAAGAUGCUUGUGGCCGCUGUGAAGGCACUGAAGGAAAAGUCACCCGCUCUUCAAGACCCCAAUCGACCGUUGUUGCCCGACGUUGAGGAUGUGCGCGAGAUCAGUGUCGACAUCGCCGCGGCUGUGAUCAAGUGCGCCGUGGAUGAGGGUCUUGCCCAGGAGGAUGGAAUUCCAACAAAUGAGGCAGAUUUGAAGGAAUGGAUCCGGGUACAAAUGUGGGAUGCUGCCUAUCGGCCUCUGGUUAAUGUAUAA